GUAAGCGUCUGUUUCACGUCUGUGUCAGGGAGUGAACGGUGAAUAACCAUGCCGAGAGCAAGACUUGCACUCCUUCUUCUGCCUUUACUGUUUCGAUUCCCAUCUCAGCUGUGUGGAAAGGUGGAUGAUUCAAUAUCCAAGGACGUUUUUGGCAAAAAUAUGACAGCAAUCCCAACCAAUCUGACAAAGGGCGUGACAGAGGUCUUUUUUGUGGGCAGUAAAAUCACGACCAUACCCAGAGGAUCCUUUGCAACAAAUCCCGAGCUAAAAAAGGUGGAAUUCAUGGGUACACCAACGGUAUCUAUUGAGGCCGGGGCUUUUGAGGGUCUACCAAUGCUCAGGGACAUUGAGAUCACAUCCACGCUCAUAACGUCGAUCCCGGUGGGCGUCUUUGAAGGCCUGAGCAACCUGGAGAAACUUAUACUGAAGCUCAAUAAACUACGUUAUCUGGAGAAGGGCCUUUUUGACAAGCUGGCGAAACUUAAAGAGCUCCACUUACACACCAACAACAUUCAUGAAAUCGAAGAGGGGACUUUUGAUGAUCUUGAGAACCUCAUCACCCUCCACUUAGCUAAAAACCAACUAACUGCUGUAUCUGAUAACCUCUUCUCAAACCUCAUCAAACUACAGGUAUUAAGGCUGUAUGAAAACCAGCUGACCUCUAUUCCUAGCUCGAUCUUUCAGAACUUGCCCAACCUGAUAGAAAUUAAUCUGUCUGUAAACAAUAUAACUGAACUGCCACCUAAUCUCAUUCCCCACAAAGACAAGCUGAAUAAGCUGCUUUUAGAUAGCAAUUUCCUGACAGAAUUACCAGAUGAAUUUUUUGUGGGCUUCCCUGAGAUGAAGCAGCUAACGCUCCACAAGAAUCAGCUCACUGUUCUACCUGCGGUGCUAUUUGGAAAGAUGCCAAAACUGACCAGUUUAAGUUUUAGUCAAAAUAACCUUAGCUCUCUCCCUGAUGCAGUAUUUAGCCCUCUGAAGGAACUAACUAAACUAGAUCUGUCCAAAAAUAAAAUCACUACCUUGUCUGCAGAAAAUUUCAAAGGUCUUACGAAAAUAAGGGAGCUAAAUCUCCUGAACAACAUGCUAACAUCUCUGGAUGCAAACACGUUUGAUAAUGUCCCCUCUCUGACCACGCUGAGGCUAGCUAACAACAAAUUUAAGACACUUCCUGAGGACAUUUUUGAGUCCUUAAAGAAACUCAGCAAAGUCUAUCUCAAUGGAAACCCCUGGCGCUGUGACUGCAUGCUUACAUAUCUGUACCACUGGAUGAAAGCCAAUUCGAUGAAGAUCAAGUCAGUGUCUCCUGAGGUGUGUGAACACCCAGAGAGUCUACGGGGACGGAAGGUGGUGUCUCUAACAGAGGAUGAGCUUGUGUGCCCCACCUUUCCACCAACCACUACCACACCUGCUACCACCGUCAUCACCACAACAACUGCGACCACGCCUUCUACCACCACCCCCUCCACUACCGCAACCAUUGCUACGACAACCACCAGGCAAACCACUAAGCUCCCAACCACCCAGCCAAUGACCACAGCCUUCAUCACCACUUUACCUCCCACAACAUUAACUACCGCUCUUACCACGACAGAGACACCCGCAGAAACUACAACCACCAUGGCAACAAGCACAACACCAAUGCUCACCACAACGAUUUCACCCACCACCACCUUGCCAACAACUACAACCAUCCCCACCACCACCUUGGCCCCUACCACACCCACGAUCACUAUUACAACAACACCACAAACAACUACCAUGACAACAACAACACCAACGAUAACCACAACCACACCACCACCAACAAGUUCCAUGACAACACCAACAACUACUAUUAUGACAACACCAACAACUACUAUUAUGACAACAACAACAACAACAACAACCCCAACGACAACAAUGAUUUUCACAACUGCUAUCACCACGACUGUACUUGUGACUACUAUUGCAACGACAACCCCCAGUACUGUGAUGACCACAGGCACAACUGUCAUGCCAACAACUACCAUGGCAAGCACCACAACAACAACAACAACAACUACCACAACCACAACAACCACAACAACAACAUAUCGACCAACUAUGCCCCAGGUCUUUUUUUGUCCUGCGGGGCCAAAGUUUCUCCAUCAAUCUUCCUCUUACACUGCGCCACGCAGGAGCAGACCUCAGGAUUGCAAGGCCCAAAUGCUGAUUUACAACAGCCUGUUGGCAGUGGAGGUCACAUGCACGCUGGUGCUGGCUAAGUUAGCCAAAGCUCUGUACAGUUUGCUCCAGCACAGGGAAAGGUUGCGUGCCAGGGUGAACCUCACUCACUUUGCCCUCAAGAAAGAGGUGGUCCUCAGGCCCGUGCAUGAGGCAGAGACCGUGGGGCUUUAAAAUGGAAAAGAACUGAGUGCCCUGAGUAUUCAAACCUUUCAUUCAUUCAAACCUUUAUUUAUAGCUUGAAAAGAUCGUUUGCAAUGAUGUUGAGAACACAAUGCUAAAAAAACAAAACAAAAAAACAAAAGACAAAAAAAAAUAAUGUAAAUAAAACCAGUUAAAACAAUUGCACAUGGACACAAUAGGUUUGAAAAGUGGUCCAAUGACUAGGUUAACUGCCCCAUGUUAUUGCAUACAGUAGGAAUGGGCGGUAUGAAACCAAAAUUCAUAGCCUGAUAUGAAAAGGGUUUACUAUGCAGAUUUAUAUGUGUUGACUGUCUACCACUAUACGAGGUGGGUGUACCCAUCUGCAUCUGUGUUUCUGCAUUUUGUUCCUCAUCUGUGUUUGAAAGCUGUGCAUUCUUCUAAAAUGUGCUGUUUUAAAUUUCAGAGAUUUAAGUUCAAUAUUACUGCACGUAUCAUCACACUGUCCUAUUAUUGUUUGUGUGGUUUUCAGCGUCAUUCAGUUGUCUCAUUUCCUGUCAAGUCAAAAAAAAAU